UUUCACAGGCUAUUCCACUCCCCUUUGUGUUUCAAUGGGAUCAUCAAUCAAGGCAGCUAACCUUGGCUGCCAGGAUACCUCGUACAAAAUCAAGACCAAGAACCUUUCUUAUAGACUACCUUACCCAAUCAACAAAUUCAAUUGCGGGUUCAGCCGAGAAAGGCGAAAAGAUUCAUACAUUUUGAAGAAUGUCAACUGUGAAGCUAGGCCAGGGGAGAUCACAGCCAUUGUUGGUCCUAGUGGAGCUGGAAAAACAACAUUGUUGGACAUACUAGCAGGAAUGAUCCCACUUAACAAAGUCUGUGGCCAUGUCCUUGUGAACGAAAUGGAGAUGAACGCAAAGCAUUUUCGAAGAAUAUCUGGCUAUGUCAUCCAAGGGGAGGAUCUUUUCCCUCUUCUUACAGUAGAAGAGACGCUCAUGUUCAGCGCUCGCUUGAGGCUCUAUGGUGAGAUCCACAAGGUCAAAGCUCGAGUGAGGGAGAUAAUGAAGGAGCUCAGUCUCGAGCACGUUGCCAAUGUAAGAGUCGGCAAUGCAUCAAGUGGAGGCAUUUCAGGAGGGGAAAAGCAGGGAGUUUCAAUUGGAGUUGAAUUGGUUCAUGACCCACCUGUUCUUUUACUCGAUGAACCAACUUCGGGACUCGAUUCUACCUCAGCUCUUCAAGUAGCCUUCAUUCUAAAAGCCAUGGCCACAAAUCAAGGUAAAACCAUCAUUCUCACCAUCCACCAACCCGGAUUUCGUAUUCUUGAACUCUUUGAUCAAAUUUUGCUGCUAGCCAAAGGAACUAUCAUUCACCAAGGCUCCCUCGAGCUACUCGAGCGACGUCUCAGACAAUUGGGCCAUUCCAUUCCUCGACACGUUAACGUAGUUGAAUUCGCUAUGGAAAUAACAGAAGCUCUUGAAGAUGACACAGAAGAAGAGAGCGAAACCGAAAACGACAAGACAACACAUGCAAAUCCAGACAAUCUAGAAGAACAUAGCAACAGCCCCAUUUUCAUGAACACAAUAGCAAAUGAAAUCCUAAUUCUAAGCCAGAGAUUCUGCAUCAAUGUAUUCAGAACAAAGCAACUCUUCUUUUCAAGAACAAUACAAGCAAUGGUAAUUGGGUUUGUACUGGGAACCAUUUUCACAAACGAACCAGACUCAAAGAACCUAAAAUUACAAACCCAGCUAGGAUUCUUCGCCUUCACUCUCGCAUUCUUAAUGUCAGCCUCAACAGAAGGCCUACCCAUUUACUUACAGCAGAGAAGGAUUCUAAUGAAGGAAAGUUCAAGAGGAGCUUACAGAGUAUGUUCUUACGUGAUAGCAGAUGCCCUCGUUUUCUUGCCAUUCCUCUUAACAGUGGCUCUUCUCUACGCCAUUCCUGUUUACUGGUUGGUCGGAUUGAAGCGGGAAAUUCUAGGGUUCCUCUACUUUUCUCUCGUCUCUUGGCUCGUUGUUUUGAUGGCGAAUUCCGUCAUCGCCUGUUUCAGCGCUCUGGUUCCUAAUUUCGUUAUCGGAACUUCUCUUCUUGGAACCGUUCUAGGAUCUUCGUUUCUCUUUUCUGGGUAUUUCAUUUCGAAAGAGGAAAUCCCCAAAUACUGGAUUUUCAUGCACUACUUGAGCUUGUUCAAGUACCCAUUUGAAUGCUUUCUGAUAAACGAGUAUGGAGGAGAUGGGAAGAACAGGAGAUGUGUGAUCAAAGAAGAGGGCGUUUGUGUUCUUUAUGGCGACGAGUUCUUGAGAAAUAGAGAUCUCAGGCGAUCUCAGAAAUGGAGCCAUUUGGGGAUUCUGAUGAGUUUCAUUGUUGGUUAUAGAGUUCUUUGUUUUCUCAUUCUGUGGUACAGAUCUCGAACGGCCAGCAAGUGAUGAAGCUUUCAAAUGGAUUCAAACCCUCACGAAUUGGUGAAACAAAGUUCAUCAUAUGAACAAAUCUGCCUUCAUUUAUCUUCUAUCUUUCUGGAUUGAUACAAAAUCAUAUGCUUUCGGUCAUAUUUAGAAUUUUUGUUGUACAAUUCUUGUCAAUUGCUUCGAUUCUUAAGCUAAUAUUGAAUGGAAGUCGUGUGAACUAAGUAUU